CCAGUCCUUACAAACCAUCAGCAGUCAUUCUAAUAAACCAAGCUUUGACACCGUGCCAGUAUGUUGAGGAGUCUCUGAAAUACACCUUCAAGGCUCCUUCCAUAGUAUAGGCUAGGUCUUUUAUAUUUCAGGUUGAAGUGACAAAACCUCAAACAACACUGAUGUAAAGAUGGUGGUUUUACUACUGAAACAUCGCCGUUACAUGACCGCACUCUUGAGCUCCACUAUCAUCUUGUUACUUCUGUACUUUCAAAACUCUUUGUUGGUUUUGACCAACGGUUUUGACCAAAGAUCUCCUUGUGCGUGCCACAUAUGCGUGGCGGACAGAGGAAAUAGUGACUGGUUUGGAAAGCGAUACAACCCCAAUGUACCACUUCUGCUCAACAGCACCAACAGUGUAUUACAUGCAAGCGUCUCCAGGUGGUGGAAGGGGCUACAAAUUGUACCAAAUACCAGCAACUACACAAAGGUGGUAGAUCAGCUGUUUUCGCUCUUCCCCGAUAAAGAGCACUACUCAGAUGCCGGACCAGAUCGCUGCAGAACUUGUGCUGUGGUGGGAAACUCUGGGAACCUUCUGGGAUCCCAUUAUGGGCCUCUAAUAGAUCUUCAUGACUUUGUCAUAAGGAUAAAUAAAGGGCCGACAGAAGGUUAUGAGAAGGAUGUAGGGUUAAAGACGACUCACCGAAUUAUGUAUCCUGAAAGCGUCAUGGACUUGGACAACUCCACCCAUCUGGUGCUUUUUCCGUUUAAGAUUCUGGACAUUCAGUGGCUCAUUAGUGCCUUCACCUCUAAAAGCAUAACGCG